AUGGCAGGCCCAUCCUGCGAAGACCAUCGAGCCCCGGCUACAGCUGCAAUCAGCGGGCCGAUCAUCUUGCCAUCACAUCAGCUUCCAGAACGCUUCUACCUCGGCGGUCGCCAAAUCUCGUCGUUCCGCGGCGAGCCAUGGACCAGCAACGGGAAGCCUGAGGAUUGGGUAGCAUCGACAACAUGCUGCGCUGGCCACGACACACUCGGCCUCACACGUCUACCCAACAGUAAUACGCUUCUGCUUGACGAGAUCCGAGAUGACCCCAUCUCAUGGCUCGGCCAAGACCAUGUCUCAAGGUACGGCGAGGAUACAAAGCUGCUUGUUAAGCUCCUCGAUGCUGGACAGCGGCUGCCCAUCCAUGCGCAUCCACACGUCGACUGGGCCAGGGUGCACCUCAAGCGGAAGCACGGCAAGGCAGAAGCAUGGCAUAUCCUCACCCCGGGCCAAGUAUACCUCGGUCUCAAGCGGCACAUUCCGGAAGCAGAGAUGUUAGAUAUGGUGGAUAAGCAAGAUAUCGAGACAAUGCUCGCUUUGAUGCACAGAGUGCAAGUGCAUCAAGGAGACACGGUCUACGUUCCACCAGGCCUGCUGCACGCGAUCGGUGAAGGCAUCCUGCUGAUCGAAGUACAGGAACCGGAAGACCUCUCCAUCUUGCUCGAAUGGAGGCAUUUCCAGAUCGACGGCAGAGAACACGGCCAUCUCGGUCUCGGCUUUGAAAAGGCGAUUACUGCUGUCACCACUACCAUCCUCACUGACGAGGAGCGCUCCAAGCUUGUCACACGAGGCAAAGAGCGGCCAACGAGCAAUCUCUUGCCCCAAGCUGCGCUCGAGUACUUCAGGCUGGACAGGUUCGAAAAGGAUGUGGUUCUGGAUGCUAGCUUCCAGUUGCUAGUUGUGCUCCGAGGCGAGGUCCAAGUGCGCGUCCAGAAUGGCACGGCCGCAACGACAACGCUCAAAACGGGAAGCACGACACUGCUCAAGCAUGCUGAUGGUAGAGCAACGUUCAAGAUUGACGAGCAAGCUGCCUUUGUCGUCAUCCGUCCUCCUCCUUAG